GGGGGGGGGUACGGUGGCCGCCGGGCAGCGACGGUAGGGCGGCUGGUCGCGGGUCCGCCAUGGGCAACCUGUUCGCCCGUAAGAAGCAGAGCCGGGUCACGGAGCAAGACAAGGCCAUCCUGCAACUGAAGCAGCAGCGGGACAAGCUGAGGCAAUACCAGAAGAGGGUCACACAGCAGCUGGAGCGUGAGCGGGCGCUGGCGAGGCAGCUGCUGCGGGACGGCAGGAAGGAACGAGCCAAGCUGCUGCUCAAGAAGAAGCGGUACCGGGAGCAGCUCCUGGACCGGACAGAGAAUCAGAUCAGCAGCCUAGAGGCCAUGGUUCAGAGCAUUGAGUUCACCCAGAUUGAGAUGAAGGUGAUGGAGGGACUGCAGGUCGGGAACGAGUGUCUAAACAAGAUGCAUCAGGUGAUGUCCAUCGAGGAGGUGGAGAGGAUCCUGGAUGAGACACAGGAGGCUGUGGAGUACCAGAGGCAAAUAGAUGAGCUGUUGGCUGGAAGCUUCACGCAGGAAGAUGAAGAUGCCAUCCUAGAGGAGCUGAACGCAAUCACUCAGGAACAAAUAGAGCUCCCAGAGGUUCCUUCAGAGCCCCUUCCUGAGACACAUCCAGAAAAAGCCCCUGUCACGGUCAGGCCCAGGCAGGCAGACCUGGUAGCAGCCUCCUAACUCGGCCACCGGCAGGACUUGAGGGACUCCCCAGAGAUGGGCCCACAGAGAGUCUGGGUGUGGCGGCCAGCAGCGUGGACUGUGCUGUGGGCGGAGCUGCAGUGCACACAAGGCUGUGCAUCGAGACCACUCAGGAACAGUUCCUUCACGAGCUGGCGUGGGUGCCCUGCUCUCCUUUCUGGAUUAAAUGGCAACGUGCAAAUAUCAGCCCAGCCCAGCUCUUAGAGGCCAUGGUUUCCACAGUGGCUGUGGCCUGGACCUGCUGCUCUUGGUGCUGUUCACUGCUGCCCCAGCCUCCAGUGGCCUGUGCUCUCCCAAGAGGAAGGUGCCACCUGGCCUUGGGGUCCCUGUGCUGCUUUUUCACUUAUUUGUUGCUCCCAUUAUCUAGUGAUGGCCUUCAGUUAAACUGUCCCUGCCUUGCCUGGCAUCAGUUCCCCGGUAAGUUAGGGCCGGAACUCCUGGGAACUAGCACUUGCUGACCCUCCCAGCACCUCUGCCUAGACACCCAGACUCAGGCUUCUGCUGUUUAAGAAGGUGUUUUGGAGAUGGGCCAGAGCCAUCCCUACUGGAUCGACGACCACAGGAGUCCCAACUGUACCCUGUCACUGUGGGCCUGUGCACUGUGGCUCGGCCCUGCUGAGAAAGGACAUCUGAAGGAGGCGGCAAGAUCCAGCUCUAGCAAGGGCAGCCUCACGGUGUGCCACUGGGAGUGCCACACCUCAUGUCCACUAGCUGCAGAGCUGACAACAGCCGGGGCAGAAGGCACAGAGCCCAGAAGCAACUCUUCAUGCAUGACACUUGCUUAUCAUUGGACAAUCUCACUGGGGUCUUGCUGGCCUGUGAGCAGCAUGAGAGCAGUGGCCCGAGAGAGCCCCAGGCACCUCCAGGCCGCCAGGAACAGAGGGGAGGCUCUUCCUUACCCCAAACAGGUCAACCUGUAUAUUAAAGUUGGCCCCUGCACGGCUUGUGGCCUUGUGGACUUGGAAUGUCUGUGUCCUGAGGUGGCCCUGGCUAUGCAGGCAGGUUGGAGUGUGACCCUCAUCAACAGCCCUCGGCUCAAGCAAGGACCAGAUGUCCAGCAGAAGUACAGGCUCUGGGCUCUUCCUGUGGAAGAAAGGCAGGCCAGCUCUUUGUGGCUGAUCCUGAUGCUCACCUCUGGGCAGUGCCUCCCUGUGGCAGGGUGGUGCUCUAGCCACCCUCUGAAUGCACCUGGCUGCCUGUCAUUGGUCGUUGGUUUCCAGUGAUCCCCACAGUCACAGGGUGUGGCCUGAGGUGUCUCAUAAGGAAGGAAGGUAGCUGCUUUGGGGUCAUGCCUGGUGGGAAGCCAGGAGCCCAGGAAGCAGCCCCACACCUGUCCCGCAGCACCAUGGGGUACUGGCCCUAUCUUCCUGGGGCUUCUGGUUUCUGGGGAAAAGCUGGAACCUGGAUUUAAAAAGGUGUUGUUUUGGAGAUGGGC